AUGUCUGAGAUUCUUGUAGGGAAGUAUCUAUUCCGCCGGCUCAAGCAGGUUGGUGUUCAGACUGUCUUCGGCGUCCCGGGUGACUUUGAGCUCGCCCUUCUUAACCUCGUCCCUGAACAAGGCCUUUCGUGGGUCGGGACACCAAACGAACUUGUCGGUGCAUAUGCCGCGGAUGGCUAUGCACGCGAGAAAGGGUUCGGCGCGCUGGUCACUACGUUCGGCCCUGGUGAGCUGAGUGCUCUGUGUGGCAUUGGUGGUGCAUUUUGCGAGAAUGUUCCCGUGCUGCACAUUGUCGGCUAUCCCACGAGGCCUGUUCAGGCGAGCGGCAGGAUCAUCCAUCAUACACUUGGCGAUCUUCGCUAUGAUCACUAUGUCAAAAUGUCUGGAGAGUUGAGCUGCGCCACAGCUGUUCUCGAGGACACGCACACCGCCGCAGGCGAAAUCGACCGAGUGAUCAAUGCUAUGCUUUUGAACUCCAAACCUGGAUAUAUUGGUAUUUCGGAGGACGUCGCCUAUUCCAAGAUACCCUCAUCUUACCUUGAGACUAAGCUAGUCACUUGUCCUCCCCCGGGAAAUAUGGAAAUUGAACAGAAGGCCAUAUCAGCAAUUUCUAAGGCUCUCGCUGACUGCAAGAAACCUAUUCUUCUCGUCGAUGGCGGUGCUUCUCGCGGCAGCUGGGAGAAGUUUGUCCCUGAGCUCGUCGACACCCUCGCGAUCCCCGUCUUCACGACGACAUUGGGCAAGGGCAUUGUCGAUGAGAGCGGUCCUUACUAUGUCGGUGGUUAUGAAGGCCUAGUCUCUCUACCAGAAGUAAAGGAAAUCGUGGAAGGCGCGGAUUGUGUGCUGUGGCUAGGCAGCCUUCCUUCUGACUUCAAUACUCUUGGGUUCACUUUCCACAUCAGCUCAUCGGCAACUGUGAUCGACUUCCAGAGACUCUUCGUCAAGAUACGUGACACGAAGUUUGAAGCCAACAUCUCACAGAUUCUUCCCAGGCUUACCAAGGCAAUUGGCACAGAGAAGCCUCUAUCCGGCAAGAUGUCACAUGUCAAGCGGCCAGAGCGCCCCGCUGUUCCGGUGCCCAAAGCCAUAGAACAAGACUGGUUGUGGCCGCGCCUCUCGGCUUAUAUCAAGCCCGGCGACCUUGUUGUAACAGAAACUGGUACCUCCCAAUUCGGUUUCAACAUGACCACCCUCCCGCAUGGUGCGAAGGUCUGGACGCAGGCCGUAUAUGGCAGUAUCGGAUAUGCGGCUGGUGCGGCGGCCGGAGCGUCGAUCGCGGCAAAGGAGACGGGCAGAUACAAGCGCGUCAUCCUGAUUACGGGCGAGGGAAGCCUGCAGCUGACCGUACAGGCGUUUUCGAUCCUGAACAGACAUGGAAUCAAGCCCGUGGUCUUCAUCAUCAACAAUCUCGGUUAUACCGUUGAGAGAUACUUCAACGGCAUGGAGGCCGCGUACAAUGAUGUGCCGAUGUGGGAUUAUGGCGCAAUUUUCCAGGCUAUGUCUCCGGAAACGAAGAUCAAAUCGUUCAAGGUCGACAAGGCGGUCGACUUGGAUGCGCUAUUGUCCGAUGAGGAAUUUCAGACUGCUACAUAUCCCCAGUGUGUCGAUAUGAUGCUUGGUCCGAAGGACCUCCCUUCGAAUUUGAAGGAGAUGUUCGAGAUCGUGAAGGCGGGUGCUACUAAGAAAAGCCCAGGCACUUCUCACUCGACAGAGUGA